GAGCUGCGUUCAGAAUUAGUGAGAAUUCUUAGAUUUGACCACGUUAUGGAUUUAAUCGGUUGCCUGAUUGUAGUGGGCCUAGUUAUCGUUAGCUCAGUGUCGUGUUCUGUUGAAACGUUUAUCGAGACCAAAUUAUUUCCCUUUCGGUUUAUAUUGCCCAAAUGCAUUUUAUCUUUCCUCCGGGUUUUAGAGCACAGACCUGACCAACUGUGGACCGAGGCUAUGUGUGAAGUUACGUGUCUGGAAAAAGAGGGAUAUGUCGACACUUCCUCUCUAACUCAAGUGUUUAAAACAGAUAUAAUACCGUUAGCCAAAGCGCAUGUCACGCAUUCUCCAAGAUUUCUGAAGAAGAAUGUAAACUCUGGAUGCAAGUGUAAGAUUAAGACCAACAAUCCUGAUCUCGUGAAAUACUUCAACAGAAUGGGUGCGCCCCUCAUGCAAUUUAAAAUUUAUCAUAAGUUAAGAGGCUCGCAUCAUGCCCGGGAGUGGCUUAAGAAGCAUAAUAUCACAGUCCAGUUCCCCCACCGUCCGGAGUCCGAGACACUCUCAGGAUCUCAGAAGCACAAGUGGACUGAGGAGAAUUGUGAAGCUGAGUGCUGGAGGAAGGAGGGGUAUUUGGACGUUAGGGACAUUGAUAUAAAAUACAACAAAUAUGGCCUGACGGAAGUAGAGAUCACCAAUGCGCAACUCGUGGAUAAGAAAGGCGGGAAGACUGAAUGCAAGUGUACAGUUAACUCCUCCAACAUGUAUCUUACCUGGGCCCUUAAAUGGAAGAAUGUGGACCCUGAUAUAUUUUUUAAGCAGCACCAAAGAGACCCGUACAUGGCCCGGCUCUGGUUAGCCUCAAAAGGGUUCAAAGUCAGGUUCGAGCCCAAGGUUUGCGACAAAGAUUGCAUUACAUCUGAUGGUUGGGUCCUCCUCCCGCAGGAACACACAGGACACAGGACCCGCAUAGCUCUCUCAAAUAGGAAGAUGGUAAAGACGCCAGUCUUCCGCCCAAUACUAGAUCAUGAUAAUAAGACAAUAUCAGUACAUCAUUCUGAAAUGGUCUGCAAGUGCGUGCUAAGUUCUGAACUGCUCGAAUAUCUCCAACAGAAAGGUCACAUAACCAAGCCGCAGCUCCAGGAGUUAAACAAAAGGUUCGAACUGGGUAACGACCUUAUACCAUGGUUAUACAAUCACUUUAAGCUCGAAAUUCAUCCCGCAGUGGAUCAGUUUAAAGAAGAGAAGUAUAAAGACGAAUUUAGAGCGCUAAGACCAAAGAUGCCCAAAAGAGGACCAAUACAUAGGAUGAAGGAGGAUGAUCAAAUAUACGGCAUUAGAGAAGAUGACGAAGAUGAUGAUUGUGCGAUAGAGGAAUGAGGCUGCCAGAUGGAUGCGUACCAAUGAACGUCUAAUUUAGUGUCUCCAGUGGUUUUAUCACGAUAAUAUAAAAAUAAUGGUCAAAUCACACUUUUCUUAUUUUCAAUACUGUUGUCUGCUAAUACACACUAUAUUCCACUUUAUUUAGAAUUUUAGGCUACAAUAAAAAUUUAGCAGACUUUUCAA